AUGUUUGUUUACCUCACUCCUGUUCUCGUCAAGGUCACUCUGACUCUCGUUCCAGCGCUCCCGAUAGAGUACUGGAACCAGAACACACUGACCCUGGAGUCACAGCUCCUCAAUGCAAUAUUCGGAACAGUCGACGCGCCGAGUUUCUCCUGUCCACGGCCAGCAUCGUCGUGUACAUUCCCAAAGUUCUCCUCGAUGGGCGUGUGUGGAUCAUUCCGCAACCUUACCGAUGUUUCCUUCUAUAACUGUAGUUCAGGCAAUGGCGGAAUAGAUCCUACCAACCUGACCUGCAUUUAUGACUAUGCCGGGCGAAAUCAAUCCGAGAGUCUGGUUGAGAUGACCUGGGCCGUCACCGAUCCAAAUGGGGAUGGAAAGCAGAGUGUCUCGGACUUCACCUGGUUCCGAUCGGCUACUACCACCCGUACUGAUGAAAUUGGUGGCAAGUCUCUUUCAAUGACCUCCGUCCGAGUCCGAGACACCCAGGACUCGCCGUCAGGCGAUGGUCCGACACCACCGACAGAGAUGCUCCAGUCCAAUUGGUACCUCUGUCAACAUACAUAUGAAGGUGCAGUUAUCGAUUCAGGAACACUUGUGCCUGGGGAGGCCAGUUCUGAGCCAUUGGUUCCUGUCCGGAACAGAACCAUACCAGCUAGCAAGACUGGAUACCUUUACGACGAAAACAUCAUCACGUACCGUGCCGAUUCAACCGGCCUUGAAUACACCACCGUCACUUUCCCCUUGGACCGAAAAUAUGGGUUUCUUACUAAAGCUCUGGAAACCCGAUUCGGCCUGUACGGAAAUGCCUCGUACGUCGACUCCGGCAACAACGACAUCCUCGCUCUGGGCUAUUACCUCAAAAUCACGGAUCUAGAAAGUAUGACGGAGAAUCUGGCCCAUGGAAUAAGCGCGCAAAUGCGUAGCAAGUCGCCUGGGGACAACAAAAACCUGACUAUGUUUGGUGGAGAUGCCUUUGCAGUGGAGACCUACAUACGGGUCCGAUGGCAAUGGAUGAUGCUGCCAUUAGUAGAGGUGGUGCUGGCCGCCUUGCUCCUGGCUGCUACUAUCUUCAAGACUAGGACCGGACCGCUGCUCAAAUCCUCAGUGACGGCUUUCCUAUUUCACGGGCUUGAUGGAUGGGACGCUGCAGACGUCAAGGCGGGUAGCUUGGAAACCUCGGAUGAUCUGGAGAGGCGCUCGAGGGCCAUGGUUGCGGCCUUCGCAGAAGAUGAAGACGGCUGGUUGAGUCGGGCCACGGCUUCCGCCCGAGUGAACCGUGGUCUGAAGAUUAACUUCUUUGGCGACGGGCACUGGAUGACCGACGAGCAUAUGUGA